CAGCACUCUGCUGAGUGUUUGCAGUUUCCUCUGACAGAAAGCAGUAAGAGCAGUACGCUUAGCUCGGUGUAGACUGGAGUCAGAAUGCUGAAGAGAAAGCCAUCCAAUGUUUCCGAGAAGGAGAAACAGCAGAAACCAAAGCGCAGCAGUAGCUUUGGGCAUUUUGAUCGUUUUCGAAAUAAUUCCAUAUCAAAACCAGAAGAUUCAACUGAGGUACAUGAAGGGGAGGCCAUAAGUGGAAGUGGAGAACAACACAAAACUUCAAAUAAUGCAGGUUUAGGUAAAAAGAUGAGAGCGAUCUCCUGGACAAUGAAGAAAAAAGUGGGCAAGAAGUAUAUCAAAGCACUUUCUGAGGAAAAGGAUGAGGAAGAUGGAGAGGAUGUCCUUCCAUAUCGGAACAGUGACCCCGUGAUUGGAACUCACACAGAGAAGGUCUCCCUGAAAGCCAGUGACUCCAUGGACAGUUUAUACAGUGGACAGAGCUCAUCAAGUGGCCUAACAAGCUGUUCAGAUGGUACGAGUCAUCGGGACAGCUUUAGACUGGAUGAUGAUGGUUCCUAUUCGGGGCCAUUCUGCGGGCGUGCCAGAGUGCACACUGACUUCACACCAAGUCCCUACGAUACGGACUCCCUUAAAAUAAAGAAAGGAGACAUCAUAGAUAUUAUCUGCAAAACGCCAAUGGGAAUGUGGACAGGCAUGUUGAACAAUAAGGUUGGAAAUUUCAAAUUUAUUUAUGUGGAUGUCAUCUCUGAAGAGGAAGCAGCCCCCAAGAAAACAAAAUCACACAGAAGGAGUGAAAUGGAAAGACCCAAGACAAUACAGAACUUCUUAGAGAUGAUUCACCUUCAGGAAUACACCUCAACACUUCUGCUCAAUGGUUAUGAGACUCUAGAAGAUUUAAAGGAUAUCAAAGAAAGUCAUCUCAUUGAAUUAAACAUUAAAAACCCAGAAGACAGGAUGAGGCUGUUAUCAGCUGCUGAGAACCUCCUUGAUGAAGAAAUUACUCAAGAGCAAGAACAUGAAUCUGUAGCCUUAUCCAUAAGCCCGGACAUCUCCUUACAUAAGUCACAGUUAGAUGACUGCCCACGGGACUCUGGUUGCUAUGUCUCAUCAGAAAAUUCAGAUAACGGCAAGGAAGAUCUGGAGUCAGAAAAUCUGUCAGACAUGGUACAGAAGAUUGCUAUCACAGAGCCAAGUGACUGAACACAUAUUCUCAACUCUGGAUAUAAAGAUACAGUCUAUGUUCAUACUUCUUUAACUACAAGUAUAAGUAGUAUUUGUAGAUAGGACCUAAUGUUAUACUGCUUUAAUCUGAAUGACUGUACAUAAUUUUUUUAACUUUCAAACAUUCCUUUUAUUGUAAAUAUAUAUUUAUUAUUUUUUUAGUGUUACAUGUGAAUAUUUUACUUGCCUCUAUUAAAAUAUUAUAGUGUUAGUCUUUGGUAUGUGUGACAUAAGCUUUAUUUUAUGAGUAUAAAAUUAUAAAUUUUGCUUCCAAAAAAAAACCUACCUUUUUUUAUACUUGUCAGAAUUGAAUUUAUGCAUAUUAUUGAAUGGAUAAUAAUAGACUAAAUGUCUGUUCAGCCAGUGAUCCAAGCAGCAUUUACAUUCAUUUAUCUACUUGCUGGAAUGAAUGUGAGCUAAUAUUUCAGACAUUUUUUUUCUGAUUCAUAGUAGAGGUUACAAACUGUUUUCUGUUUAUUUCUUUACAGCUAUCUACUGUAAAAACUAUAGAUAAUAACAUUGUCAAGUCUGAUUUAAUAAAAUUAGUUUUAAUAAU